UUUGGAUAGUGACAACAAGUAUUCUUUCAAGGAGGCUUUGAGUGCUGUUUUGGUCUCCACCAACUCCUGAGAAAAAGGUCUACCACGAUGUUCCCAGCUGAACGCUUACUUCGUCUGUGAUCUUCAUGUGUCGCAGGGAGCCGUGGACAGCUCAGUGGACAUGGACCGCCUGAACAGGAACAUGCCCGAGUGUGGAAGGAAAACCCACCAGGUGUUACAGAGCACUCCGCUGGACCUUAUUGAGACUGGAAAGGGGCUGAAGUUCCAGGCAGAGCGCCCCCACCUGGUCAGCCUGGGCAGUGGACGACUGAGCACAGCCAUCACCCUGCUGCCCCUGCCUGAGGGCCGGACCACAAUGGGUCAUGGUCCCAUGGACAUCAACCUCCAGGGCCCCGGAGUGUCUGCGCAGCACUGCUACAUCGAGAACAAGUCAGGGGUCAUCUCACUGCACCCCUGUGGGAACCUCUGCGCUAUCGACGGGCUCCAGGUCACACAGCCCGUCCGCCUGUCACAAGGCUGUAUGCUGUGUUUUGGCCAGUCAGCCUUCUUCCGCUUCAACCAUCCUGAAGAAGCCUUCAGAAUGAAGAGCAUGUUUCCCCAGGGAGGAAGUGUCUCCACCGGGGACUACAGACUAUGUCCAGACACGGAGAGCUUUGUCAAUGGAAAUCACCAGGCAAGUCCAGCCCAGUCUCCCCCAGCUCCUGGAGAGAGAGCCCAGUCUGAGCACAGUGCAAUUGUAAGCUCUAUUGAGAAGGACCUCCAGGACAUCAUGGACUCCCUAGUCAUGGAUGAUCCACAGCCUUCUUCCCCGGAGGGCAAACAUGAAGGCCAACCCAUUCCCCACUCUCCCCUUUCGCCCAUGGUCAAUGGAGGGGGCCGUUAUCUGCUUUCCCCUCCUACCAGCCCAGGGGCCAUGUCCGUGGGAUCCAGCUAUGAGAAUACAUCCCCUCCCUUCUCUCCCCUCUCCUCCCCCUCAGCAGCCAGCAGUGGGAGCUUUACGUCUCCUAUUGGAGGACCCCAGGACCAGAGUUCUUCUCUGCCGCCAGUGCCUGUACGCUCCUCUAGCUACAACUUCACCACCCAUCCCACUGCUGGCUGGGGUACGCCUGUACCCCAGCCACGGACCAUACUGCCCAGCUUCAGCAGCGGUGGGGUGGGCCAGAAGGUUCAGGAAAGCCCAAGGCUGCAGAGGAAGGUCUUAACAGAGGCUCCUCCAAGCCCUAAACCAAGCCGCAGAGGACUAGGCCAAGAUGGGUCUGAGAGCCCCCGACAGAUUCUUCUCUCCUCAAAUGAAUCUCUCAGUAGUAGAAACAUUGUGCCAAGUAGCCCAAGACUCACUCCCAAAUUCUCUACCUGUCCAUCACAGUCUCCCUCCAGUCCCAGGACCAAGAAAACCAUAGUGCUCCAAGAAAGGCCUGCCAGCCCUUUCAGAGAGCAGACCAGUCUAGCUGAUUAUCCCCUAACCCCCAGCCCCUCCAGGCAGCUUUCCCAACCCAUCAGAGCCUUCCAGCCUCCUCUGGACCCCAUCGUCCACAUUAUCCAAGGAUCGUCGCUCCAACAGCAUCCACGUAUGCUGCAGACCCCUGAAAGCCCUCGCAUGGCCAGGAGAAACAUGGAGCUGAAUGGUGGCGGUGGAGGGAGCUGCAGUAUGAGAGAGCUGCCACCUCUUAGCCCCUCCAUGGCUCGAAGAGGGGUCCCAGUACUCCCAGGCGCGCUCCCAGGGAUAAUCCCCACCUUAAAGACUCCAGAAAGCCCCUCAAAUCUGGGCAAGCUUUUCCCAGAGAGUCCUAGGCUCCGACGCAGGACCGGAUCUACAUCCGAGGAGCCAACGUGCAGCAGGGGGAUCCGAGCCCGCAGUCCGUCGCCUACCUCUACGAUGAUGGACGGUGGGGGUGGUGCGGGAGUACGGAAGGCGAGCUUUGGGAAUUCCCUGUCACCUGCUUACAGUCUGGGCUCCCUGCCAGGUUCAUCCCCUGUAUCCAGCCCCAGGACCCAUAGGAAGAUGUCCGCAGGGAGACCCCACCCUGGGAUGAGGGAGAGAAAGAACAGCAUCACAGAGAUCAGCGACAACGAGGACGAGCUGCUGGAGUACCAUCGAAGACAGAGAGAGGAGAGGCUUCGAGAGCAGGAAAUGGAGAAACUGGAGAGACAGCGACUAGAGACCAUCCUGAACCUCUGUGCCGAAUACAACAAAGUAGAGAGCAGCGACCUGGAACCCCUGGGCUCAGGGAGGACAGGCUUCCCCGGGGGAAUGACAGACAGCUCGGGGAGGAUGCUGUCUAUGGAGAAUGUCCACGGGGGGACGCCGUCCUCAGCCACGCUGCGCCUGCUGCAGAGACAGAGGGAGAGCGACGAGGAGAACCUGAAGGAGGAGUGCAGUAGUACAGAGAGCACUCAUCAGGAGGUGAGGACGUCUCCUGCUCUCAGCACAGCAGCAGCACUGCACAAUGGAGACAGACAGCACGAGGACUCGUCCUGUUCAGGCAGCGCAGGUCGUCUGGAGCUGGGUUACCUGGAAGACGAGCGGGUUCGCGUUCUUUCCCGGAUCGAUGAGCUCAAAAGCCGGCUGAUGGAGCUGGAGCAACAACUCCAAGAGUCCAAACAAGAGGCAGAGAUGGAGCGCGCUCUGCUGCAGGGCGAGAGGCAGGCGGAGCUCGAGCAGAUAGAGGCUGAAACAGACAUCAUCACUCAGCUGCAGCACAAGCUGGACGAGCUGGAGAGCGCCAUCCAAAGGGAGAAAGACAAGGAGAGGAAUAAUGUUGAGGCCGAGCGCCGCGCCCUGCAGAGCCUCCAGGAGGGCUACACUGAGUUGGAGAACCAGCUUCAUAACUGUCCCGAGUCCCUGCGGGAACAGUUGCAGGAACAGCUCAAAAGGGAUGGAGAGGUGUUGGAAACAGGAACCAAAAAGUUUGAGGACUUGGAGUUUCAGCAGUUGGAGAGAGAAAGCAGCCUGGAGGAGGAAAGAGAAACUAUCAGCCAGCAGCUGCUGCAGGAGAGAGCAGAGUACCACCGCAGUGUGGCCAAGCGAAAGGAGAAGGUUUCUGCUCUGGAGAGCCAGGCCAACCAGCUCGGCCUGCAGGCAUCUCAGGAGUGCGAGCGGCUGGCCAAAGACCGGACCCUCACGCUGCAGAUGCUCCAAAAGGAGAAGGAGAGGCUUUCGGCCCUGGAGAAGAGAUACCACAGCCUGACGGGCGGAAAGAGCUUCCCCAAGUCCCCCACUGCAAUGAGAGAGGAAGCGCUCCAUAUCAGCGAGGCUGACCUGUCGUUGGAGGAUGUCCACUCCUCCCAGCAUUCUCUCUGUCGAGCCUCUCCUUCCUACUUACUUCCCUCCCCUCUCUGUCAGUUGUACCCCAGCAGCCCUACCGAGGAGUAUGUGACAGUGGGCCAGUUAAAUCAGAUGUAUGGGAUGCCAAAGGUGGAGUCGUCCCCUACUUCCCCGCUUCGCCAGCCCCUGCAGUCUGGAGCCGUAAACCCCGCCUUCUCCUGCCUCUCCUCUCCUCAUGGCUCCGCCCUCUCUCUCUCUGUGGAGUACCAGUGUGAGGGCAGUAGGCCUCACCUCCCCAAGCUAGAUUUAGAGCAGUGGUACCAGGAGCUAAUGACUGGCUCCAGCCAGCUCUGCCCUCCUCUGCCAGCCAAGUCACUGUCCGGCCGCAGGCCUGUGCUGCAGGUGUUCCGCUCUAAGCUGGACAGUGAUCCGGGCCUGUCUCUUCAUCAGCCUAAAUCCGGCUCUGUAUCCCCUCUGCAGCACGGAGCAGCAACACUGGGACGCAACUCCAGCUCAAAGCAGAGCCCCCUGCUGGUGGCCAACAGCACUGGCAGUCUUCCCAGGAACCUGGCUGCAACCCUGCAGGACAUUGAGACCAAGAGGCAGCUCGCUAUGCAGCAGAAAGGUCACCAGGUCAUCGAAGAGCAGCGUCGUCGUCUGGCCGAGCUCAAACAGAGAGCGGCGGUGGAGGCUCAGUGUCAGUGGGAGGCGCUCCAUGGCUCUCAGUCCCACCUCAUGACGUCCUCCUCGUCGCCCUCCUACUCCCCGAUCAUGGCCUACAGCUCCGCACUGAGCCACAGCUCUGGAGGCCCUCUGGUUCACCACUCCAUCCUGCACCACCAGCCUCCGUCGGCCGGGGAGCAGCCCUACGACACCCUGAGCCUGGAGAGUUCCGACAGCAUGGACACCAGUGUGUCCACGGGGAACAACUCGGCCUGCUCGCCUGAUAACAUGUCCAGCCUCGGAGGAGUGGACACGCUGAAGAUUGAGGAGAUGGAGAAAAUGCUGAAGGAGGCGCAGCUGGAGAAAGCCAGACUUAUUGAGUCGCGGGAACGAGAGAGCCUGGCUCGCCGGCAGAUGCUGGAAGAGGAGAGGAGGAGGAGGGAGGAUGCGGAGAAAAGACUGCAGGAUGAAACCUUCCACCGGCAGCAGCUGGUGGAGAGGGAGGUCAAGAUGAGGGCCAAGAACUUCUCUCAGGCCCGUCCUAUGACUCGCUACCUGCCCAUACGGAAGGAGGAGUUCGACCUGCGCUCACACGUGGAGUCGUCGGGCCACAGCGUGGACACCUGCUACCACGUCAUCCUCACAGAGAAGAUGUGCAAGGGCUACCUGGUGAAGAUGGGAGGCAAGAUCAAGUCCUGGAAGAAGCGCUGGUUCGUCUUCGACCGCCUCAAAAGGACAUUCUCCUACUAUGUUGACAAACAUGAGACCAAGCUGAAGGGUGUGAUCUACUUCCAGGCAAUAGAAGAGGUCUAUUAUGAUCACCUCCGCAGUGCCACCAAGAGUCCCAACCCCUCCCUGACCUUCUGCGUGAAGACCCACGACCGGCUCUACUACAUGGUGGCCCCCGCAGCCGAGGCCAUGAGGAUCUGGAUGGAUGUGAUUGUCACGGGCGCGGAGGGGUACACACAGUUCAUGAACUGAGACUCGCAGAGGUGACGAGCUGACAGUUUCUGGUCCACAGCGACACAAAGCCUUGUUUGUAACUUUUCAUUUUUAAUCUCACUUUUAUUUUACUAUGUAGAUGUUUUCACCUCCACAUUUUCUACGUGAUUCAGUUUGGAUUGAAAAAGGGAGCCCUUGGAGGACACACACAUAUCUGUAUAUAAACCAAAAUGUAUACCUGUCAGAGACUUUUAAAAAGCCUUUCUAUAUUGCCAAAUGGAGAUCUUUUAGUUACCGUUUGUUUUGUAUUAUUUGUUUUUUCUUUUUUUACUUCUAGAGAAAAUUGCCAAAUGACAUGAUACCAAUGUUUUGUUUGAGUGUUUCAUGACUAUGUUCAGUUCAGACAGAAAGUUUAAAAUAAUCUUUAAUUAAUCUAGAAAUAUAUUUGAAAGAAUCUUAUUCAAAAUGUAAGAAUGAACUGAGGAAAAACAGAAGUCUGAGUCCAGCACACUAACAGUAACAGUGAAACAUUGCAUCUCUACGUCCACAAACUAACACUAAGCGCAGAACAUUAAAGUAUCCUGAGCUACAUCCCAGUCAUAUUACUUCACAUUGACUUAUCACUGCCAGCCUGAAGCCGCCGCCACCAGAGUGCUACAGGAGACCUCGCAGGAUCAAUACGGACUAAAGCAAUUCUGAACUGUGCCUUGACUAUGUGCUGUUGGUGCCGUGUCUGAGUCCAGCACAGCCUCGCUGGAGGCUACGUCCGUGUGCAUUUUAGGUUUCUGCGCUGUAAGGCAGAAUGUGGACAUGUCCGCCUGUAGCAUCGUGACAGGCACAGCCAGGGCCCUGAGCACAGUGAGGAUCAGCGAGUUUACACUCAUUAUUUCCACUCUGAGGGCGAAAUUCGCAGAAUUGAUUGCAACUUCCAAUAGCAACAUGAAAUGUGCAUCAUCUGCAACCGUCACUACCGCGUCUUAAGGUCAGACUUACAAAAGAUAUCGCUCGACUGAUACUACAGCGCAUAACAGUUUGCAGCCCAGUGCAAUUUGCCCUUUUUUUUUAUUGUCGUGGUUUGCCUUAUAACUAAACUCAACUUUAAUACCACAUCACUGAAUUAGAUCAGUGAAAGUGUUGAUCCCCUGCUGCGUCCUCACUGUGAGCAGAGGCCUGUGUGCUGGAGGUGGAUAAAGAAGUCUCAUAUCUUCAGCUUUAGCAGACUGACCGGGCUCGCCUGCCGUCUUUGUCGUCAAGUGUUGAUCAUCACAUUGUGAGUGUGUAGACCGUUUGUAGUUAACAGAUGGCGGACGCUGUUGUCCGUUUUGUAGAAGCAGAGGACAAACUACGCUGUGAUUUUCAGAGCAUGUGGAACUCUUGUUUAGUUUCAUGUGUUGGUACAGUAAUGGUAAUUUAUGGUUGUGGUGCCUGAGAUAGUUACGUUUACUUCUAAAAUAAAGAAGAAUAGUGAAAAGACCUUAAUAUAUUCUGUCCCCCUUGCCUUUACUUUCCCUGCUACGGAAGCCCCGAGAUACAAGUGAGAACACGUCUAGUGAUCCGUUUUCUCUUCUGUGUUUAGGAUUUAAGAGUGAAAGUUCCUUCCCCCAAUAAAAAAAUGGAAACUUAGGUUUUGCCAGAAUAAUCUAUUGUUCAUUGGUUCUUAAAUCAUAAACACAGGAGAGAAAAGUAUUUAGAGCAGACUGGAAAUGGAUGACUUGCUUCUCAGCGCUUCUGUACUCUACACAGUUAACAUGAGCAAACCAAACUAUUCAACACUGGCAAGGCUGUUAAAUCAUGUCUGUUAAUAGUAUCUGGUAUAUACAUCACUGUUGUAAUCUAUGUUGACAAGAAAGGAAACUAAAUCUACUGUAAAGAGGAUGCCUGAAUGAAAAAAUAAUAUUACUAUUGAAACAGUAUUGUAAGAAAAGACAAUUUUUACUUAUUUUUGUGAUUUUAGAAAUUUUAUUGUCUGUCAGUUACAUUUCAAAUUGUAUGGUAGUGAUGUAUCAAUCUACCUUUUUUUUUUUACACUGGUACAGCAGAACACAUCUCACAGAAUAACUCACCAUUGUUUUCUAGAAAGUAGAUCCUGUUUCUCUCACACACACACACACACACACACACACACACACAAUACUCGGACCAUACUGUGUUAUUGGUACCCUGUAUGUCUCAUGCGUUACUUUCACGUAUGAAUAAUAUGGAUUUUGUCAAAUCUAUUAAACAGAACUGUUACAGAA